GAGAAAUUAGUGGGAUUGGUUGUCGUCGAUCUCGUCUCGGAAACUAUUACGAUGGUUUACCGUCAAUUUCUCCGACAAAUUUUUGAGGCUUCCUUGUCGUCGGUGAUUUCCGAGAGGAUAUCAACAAUUCUCCGAGGGAUGAAAGUUCUCGGAAACUUUUUUCUUUUAUACCCACAAAAUUCCGACGAUAUGAACUGACAAAAUUCCGACAAGUUCUGUUCAUCGGAAUUUACCGAGAACUUUCUGAUACAAUUGAUAUUUUCUCGGCAAUUUCUCACAAAGACCAAGCAAAUCUUCUGAUAAUUCACUUUCUCAGAAACUUUUGUCGGAGUUGGCAUUGUUUUCUUGUAGUGUAAAAUACAUAUAUGAUCAUGAUAGAGAUAUCUAUCCUGAGUAUCCUCCCGUGUAGCAAUCUCCUUUCUAGCGACGCGUGAGAGGCAUGUGAGUGAAUGGUACGCUCAAAAUGGACUUUAGGAGACGCUCACAAUCUCACAUGGCCCGGCCUUCUAUAUAAUACAACUUCACUGACGAACGAUCUAUUGUGACUAUACCUAAUUUUUAGUCAUGAAUUUUAUUUACGUUAACUACUGGCUACUGCAUUCUACAGAGAGAGAAAAAAACUAAUUCAAAUAUACUUUUAUUAUGGAAGGAUUAAACCACUGAAAAGACUAUCUAUUCUAACAAUCAAUGUAGUUUAGACCAUAUUCGUUUUGAUGCGGCAAAUACAAUCAGCGAUCAAAUUUUGUUUUUUUUUUGCAUAUCACAAACGAGUCGCAUGUCAUAGAAAAUCUAGUGUUAGUUGAUAAAUAUUUUACUUAUCUCCACUUUUGAAGAAGAAAUAUAUGGAAAUGCUAUACAAAUUCAGUAUGGAAGUAGAUAAAUUUUUUGAAUUGAUCAAUAUGAAGAAAAUUAUAAAUUUGAAUUGUUUAUGGACCAAAAUUUAAUGUGACCUAAUAUGUUGUCUUUCCAUAGAUAUACAAUUACGUUUCCAUGCCCCGUGCAAUAUAGUAUACAUAAUACAUUCGUAGCCUCCUACCGUGUACGGAAAGCUUCGAUAAUCUUUUCGAAACCACGAUCAUUGACACUUAGCUAACUUUCAAAAUAGUUAAAAUACUAUUAUUUCCAUAUUCGCCUGUAUAUUCAUCGAUAAUUUAGCACGGUAAACGUUGUUUGGCAAAAAUUUACAACAUCAAGAUUUAGACCCAAUAAUUUGUACAUAAUACAAUUGAAAUGCUAGAAUCAACCAUGUAGCAACCUUUCAAAAAGCAAAGUUUAAAAUAUCCAAAAAGAAAGUUAAAAUAUUUUUAAUAAGUCUAAAAGAGUGAAAGCUCUGAAAAAGGAAGACGAAAACAAGAAAGUAGUAUCAUUCAUUAUAAUAAAUACGAAAACAACUUAACCGGGGAAAGGUACUGAAUUAUAUUGAAUGAACCCCAACCAAACAACAUUGAAUUUUGAAGACAUUAAUUUAAUACAACCAAAUAAAAGAAAGAAAAUUAAAUAAAUUUAUAGACGUUAAAGUAAAGAAAUAGACCCCACCAAGCCUCUUCCCCUCUUCAAACCCUUAAAAUCUUCCCUCCCUCACCCCAUUUACUCUCUCAGUUUCUUACUUUGAAACCAGUCUCCAAACAUACAAAGGAAGAAAUAAUUUUUUUUCUUGUCCUAUUUUUCUUUUAUCAAAGAACAUAAAAAGAGAAAAAAAUGAAGCUCCCAUUUCUAAACAAGAACAACUCUUCGUUUUCUUGUUCUUCAAAUUCAAACUCAGUUUCAUCAUCAACAAAUACCACCUCAUGGCCAUGGCCUUCUUGUCAUCAAAAACCUAAAACCAUAUCUUUCAGAGCAACCAUCACUUUCACCAACCCUAUCCAUGACCAACACGAGGAUGAGCUCGACCCACCUGAGGGUACUGAGUCGAUAGAGAGUGUGAUAAAAGGGCUAAGAUCAUCAGAGAGACUCAUCUUCGAAAGUAAAGGAGAAUCCAAUUCUAUACUCGAAGAAGCUACGACUAAGCAAGAAGAACAAGAAGAAGAAGAGGAAAGUUUCAUGCUCUUGUCCUUGGAAUCAGACGACCCUUACUCUGAUUUCAAGGGAUCCAUGGAGGAGAUGGUUGCGGCACACGCGCUUCACCACGAUUGGAAAAGCCUCGAGAAGCUUCUCUUACAGUUCUUGAAAGUCAACGCCAAGACCAGCCAUCGAUACAUUUUCGCCGCUUUUGUCGAUCUCCUCUCGAACUUAACACUGCACACGAAUGAACCCAUCAAUAUCAACAUUUCAAAAGAAGAAGUAGAACGCGCCACCGCCGGAGAAGCAAGCACUUCUUGUUGUAACAGUGUGAGUCUUGGCGAGUCUCCGUUGUCUCCUUUGUCACUCUUCACGUCGUGUUCUUCUUCUUCUUCCUCCGAUGAGACUUCCUCGACGUCCGUACGAUUCUUGCCGCUGUCUUCUUUGUUAGAGAUGGAUGAGAAACCUAAAGACAUUUUUGUUUAGAAUGCUUUUCUUCUUUAUUUCUAUUUUUUGUAUAAUUAAAAUUUGUGUAGGAUCGUAACAUUGACUACCCUUAAUAUUUUUUAUUCGUAUAUGUGCUCUUACGUUAUAGUUUUUCAUUUAUGUGGAUUUUUGUUUGUUAAUGUGAGGAUGAUGAUAGUUGGAUCGGACCAUUUUAUUUGAUUCAAACAAAAUCAAGUCACUUGAGCGGUA